ACCCUACUCUCUCUCUCUCUCUCUCUCUCUCUCUCUCUACUGAAAUUUCUCUUCCCUCCCUCAAAAUUCUCCAAGCACUUGUCAAACCGAUAAAAUAGCCUAAAAAAAUCCCAAUGACGAAGUCCAGAAGUUGCGCCGCUUGUAAACACCAGCGCAAAAAAUGCCCAGAGGACUGCCCCUUGGCCCCCUACUUCCCCUCCAACCACCCCACAAACUUCCACAACGCACUCAAACUGUUCGGCGUCAGUAGACUCGCCAAACUCGUCACCGACCUCCCUCCCCACCUCCGAACCCCCGCCAUGUCCACCAUCUUCGUCGAAGCCGACCACCGCGCCAAAGACCCUGUUGGCGGCUGCCACGCCGUCGUCCGCUCGCUGCUCUGGUCCAUCAACAAGCACCAGGCUGAACUCGACCGCGUGCGCUACCAACUCGAAUUGUGCCGCGGCGGCGGCAAUGUUAUGCCGAUGGCGCAGUGUCUGGGGGACUUUAAGUACAAUGUGGGUGCGGGAAAUGUGUACGAUCAGACGCAGUUUCAUCUGGUGCAGAAGAACGUUUUUCAAGAACAAGAAGAACAAGGCCAUGUUGGUGGAGGAGUUGUUCCGCAGCCUCACGAAGAACAGAGCAAUGUGUUUGAUAUAAGGGAUGAAGAUUUGGUAGAACAAGAUUACAACCCAAUUCAGGAUUAAGGAGUUAGAAAUUGUAAAGGAGGAAUGAGAUUAUCCUGCACUGUUAUUUUUGCUACAAUUCAGUUUAGAUUUGUGUGUAACUGUUUUUGGUACAUCAGAAAGAAGAAAAAAUUAAAAACGAAGGAGAACCUUCAAGUACGUGCUCUAAUACCAUGAAAGAAUUGACGAAGACUUCCAUUGAUAAAGAACUGUCUUUUGUGAAUCGAAACAAAUGAGCUCGUUCGAUACAUACUUUGGCUAGACUCAGCUCUAUGUAUACAAGCUAAACAAAUUUAAUUAAACUUAAUACAACUGAUUAGUCUAACUAAUCGGAACAGUAUUUGACAAACUCUAUUGACCUUGAGGUGCUGCUGGCAUGGCUAGAGGAGCAAUCUGAUGCGGAGGCAAGUAUACUAUCAACAAGUACAUCGUGGUUAGCCUCUUUCCGGUGAGCAUGAUGGAGUAAGGGGAUCGGUGGGGAUGGGUGGAGUAAGGGGCUCGGCUUGUGAGGUCUUGGUUAAGACCAUUUUUAUCUCCUUCUGGUAAAUCAUGGAUUCGAUAAAAUUUCCUCAAGCAUUACUCUCAUUCUUCUUCAAAGAACUCUAGUGACAAUAUGUUCAUCACCAUAGAAAAAGGAAAGGAAGCGGCAAGACCUUGCAUCUUAUGCCUUUCUAUAGAGUUCUUCGACCCGGUUUAUGUUUAGAAAUGUAAUUAACACGGAUCCACAGAGAAGAUAUUGUCUUUUACGUUUUGCACCUGCAAAGAUUUGAAAUUUAUUUUCAUAUCUAAUUGUCGUAAUGUCAGUCAUCUUGUAACUCGUUGACUUUGUGAUACAACUAAUUAAAGGUCAGCAGGUCUUGAGU